AUAUAGAGUUCAUAAACUGUCUUGUCUUGUUACUGCCACUGCUUAAUUUCUGGGCUGGUUCCAAAGGUGCCAUUGCCAUGAGCUUGAAAUGCUGCAGUAUGGUAUGGAUCAUGUUGGAAGGAAGAUUGAUGAUGUAGGAAAAACUCACACAAUGGCUCCAUUGCCUCAGUUGGCUCAUGAGCCCAAUGGUAGUCUGAAAUUGGUGAAUGGGCAUAGUGCAAGAAGCCCUCUUGUAUUCUCAGAACACUUAUUGACUGAAGAAAUAGUUAUUGCUGUUGAUGUUGAUGAAGUUCUUGGGAGCUUUCUUCCAGCUGUGAACAAAUUCAUCGCGGAUCGCUACUCUUUGAAUCACUCAUUAGCAGACUAUUUUGUCUACGAGUUCUAUAAGAUUUGGAAUUGUUCUCCAGCUGAAGUUACUUCAAAAUGGGAAUCCAUCCUAUACCAGGCGCAAAGCGUAUUCUUCAGAGUUUAUCCUUGUUUUGUAAUUUCUAUGUUGUAA